CAUAAAUCUGGCUGGCUCCAUUUCCUCUCUCAAAGUUGUUUCUAACCUUCGAUUUCGCCCAAAACGAGAACGUAACAAGCAAUGGCCACCUCGAUUGCCGCCAUGACAGCUCGCAGAGCUGCUACUCUCGCUCGCCUCUCCCCAUCCUCCUCAUCGGCCUCUCGAGCCGCUGUUCUUGUUCCCCGCCGCGGCCUCGCCGGCUCCGCUGACCCUCAUGGGCCACCGAAGGUUAAUAUUUGGGAAGACCCGAUGAGUCCGUCCAAGUGGAAGGAAGAGCAUUUUGUGAUUGCGUCUUUAACGGGGUGGUUUACCCUUUUCUACGGAGCUUACAAGGCUUUUAGUGGAGGCAAGAAGGACAAAGCAGAGGUAGUUGUGGAAAAAGCAAAAUAGGCCGGAGAUUCAAGUCAUUGUCAUUUUCUUCUUCUAAUAAUGUGCUUCAACUUAUUGUUUGUAUGAAGAAAGUUCUUCUCUGCCUAUGUAAUGAUCACUGAGAAUGUUCAGCCAACGGAAUUCCCGAUGUUUUUACCUUUUUUUAGAGGAAGAAUGAGAUUUUCUCUUUCCCUAGUCAUUAUCUUGUUCCAUUCCAUCUACAUAUAUUCCAGUUGCUUGGGAAUUUUUUUUUAUAAUAAUGAAAACCAUAAUUUUGUUUGAUCA